AUGAUGCUCCAUGGUAGCGCCAUUGACGUCUCCGCGAUCGGCGCUGGUGAAUCUAUGAUGCCGCCCCCCCAGCUCCCCACAGCCGCCGCUCGGGCCGUCGCAAACGCAGCGGCGCUAACAGCGAGCCCGGGCGAGGACAGGGCAAGCCUUGAGCAGCAACAAUUAUUCGGGCAGCUUGAUCCUGAAGGCUUUGCUGACGGCGGCGUCGAUACGGAGUUUGGCGGCGCGAACACGACCGGGUCGUGGAGCAACAGCAGCAGCGGCGGGCAGAGCAUGAGUGGCAGUCCCAGCCGAGACGGGGGGGGGGGGAACACAGGCGGCGCCAACGGCAGCGGCGCGGGACCUGUCAGCACAUCGCCCGUUGUAAUUGACAAGGAGCCAGCACCUGGCGACUCACGCGCAUCUGGCGGCGUGUAUGCGCUCCCCCCUGGAGCGAGCGCUGGAGCGGAAUCAGCAGCAGCAGCCGCAGCAGCAGCUGGAGGAGGAUCAGCAGCGGCUGCGUCAGUCGCGGGAAUUCACAAUAACAGCCCGUCGACGACGGCGCCGCGUCGCCGCAUACGGAAAGGGGCCAAGGGCAUGAUCAAGGGGGUGAAAGGCGGCCCGGAAAACAGCAGCCACUCGUUCCGCGGAGUGCGGCAGCGCACGUGGGGGAAGUGGGUGGCGGAGAUACGGGAGCCGCGCAGCCGGAAGCGCGUGUGGCUGGGCUCGUUUGAAACGGCCAGGGAGGCAGCGCUAGCAUACGAUCGCGCCGCGAGAGUAUUUCACGGUUCGCGAGCGAGGUACAACCUGCUACUUGACCCCGACGCCGGUGGCGGCGGUGGUGGCGGUGGUGGCGGCGGGGGCACAGGCAGUAGCACUGCGUCGCAAGAGCAAAUUCGACUCGGCGCUUUUGGCGGCGGCGGACCGAGCGCCGUCGGCGGCGGCGCCGCUGGAGGUGUCGACGCCACGUCACUUGGGAGAUCCGCGUCGGAAUCUGGUGGGAUGGGGGCGCGUUUCGCCAGUGACAGCACCGCUCGGCUCGGUGCUUCAGCUGGUUCGACUGCUGGCGGAGCAGCGGCGGGUGCGGCGUCGUCCUUCCGCCUUCCCUGCGGGAGCUCAAGCGCGGGGCUCGAAGUCGCAAGCGCUAGCGCGCUUGACGCGUGGGAGAGUCUGCGCGUCUUGUCGACCGUCGGAUCCGGCGGAUCUGGCGGAUCGGCUUCAGGGACGAUGAUGACGGGCGGGGAUUAUGCGGCGGCGAUGGCUGCUGCGUCGGGUAACGGCAACUUGGCGGGGGUGAUUGGCCUGCUGCGGGCGAUCGCUAGUAGCAGCACUACUAGCGCAAGUGGCGGCAUGCUCUUAACGGAUCAUUCCGUCGGUGCUGGUGCCGCUGGCGCUCCGACUGCCGACGAUGCAGUGAUGGCGGAGAAUUGGCACGCGUCAGCGCUGCGGAGUGCGCAGGAGGACGACGAAAGGCUUGCGCCAGGCGGGGGAUUCGUUGGGGGCGAAAGAAUGGGGGGCGCGCUACGGGCUGGGAUGGGGGAGGGUUUGGCGGGAGUGAUGGAUGGCAAUGGCGGGUCAGAUAUGGAUAGGCAGCUGCUGCAGUCAGCCGUGGGUGUGCCAUCGUCCCUGCCUCCUGCUGUGGUAGCAGCUGUGUCCGCAGCAGCGGCAGCAGCAGCGGCAACGGCUGGAGGCUCGCACCUUUCUCAGAGCAACCACCAGCUGCUCGCCUCCCACAAGGGGCUACAGACAGACAGCUUUGCUGGCGCAUCCUUAAACCCGGAGAUAAACCCUGGAGGCUUGUUCUCUUCCUCGCCUUCCCUGUCAUCCCGCCUGCUCCAGUCCUUGCAUACGUCAGCGUUUCUGCAGCAGGCGCAGCAACAAAACAGCAGUGCCACACACCAUCUCCCGUCGUUCCUCCCGCCGCACGCCAACCCCUCUCUCCACUCGAGCCUUCCCAUGACAGAGCAGCAGCAGCAGCAGUUGCUGCUCCCAUUGAUCACGCAACAGCUGGCCAACAUGAACCGAGCAGGAGAGCAUGACAGCAACGCAUUGGCUCAACUGUCAAGCCUAUCUGCACCCUCUACUGGUGCUGCUUUUGGCUCGGCUGCUGCUGCUGCGUCUCACCCUAUUGAUGGCGCCCAGCUCUCCUCUGAGCCCAGGGGUCUGCAUGGCCUGGCACACGCUGUGGCUCGUGUCGGGAAUCUUGACCUUGGGAAUGCCUUGUUCGACCGCGGACUUGGAAAUACUGGUUCUGGUGUUGGUGCUGCUUUUGGUGGUGCUGCAUUCGCCGCUAUUGGUGGCGGUGGUGGUGGUGGUGCUGCUGCUGCUACGCCUGGUAGCAGUGGAAGGGAGUUCCAAGCAACCCUUUACGCAGCAGGAGAGGGUGCAUACGGUCAGGGCGGGAGACUGUCGGGAGCAGCAGCUUUCAGGGACGAAGCAACAGUAGGUGCAGUGAACCUCCGGCCAGCAGACCUCUUGGCACACGACGAGGCAAUGCUGCAGGCGCUGUACGAGCCAGCUGCCCUCAUGACCGGCCCUAACCCCACAGCCUUCAUCCGAGCCAGCCCCGCACUGCCCUCCGUCGACUGGAACAUUGCUGCUGCGCUGCUGCAGGCUGCUGGUGUUUCCCCGCACCCACACUCGCUGCAGCAGCAGGAGCGCUUACCAGGAGCACUGGGCGCUGGAGGGCAGACCUCGUCCGCUGCUGCAGCAGAGGCGAGUGCACUGAGAGACCAUCCAUCCACAGUCCCUCCCUCGCUCUGGGCUGUUGGCCGUGGAUUUUUCACUUCAGAUACUAAUGCCUCAGCUGGGUCUAACAUGGCACAUGCAGCAUCCAUGGCUAAUAACCAACCACCUCUGCAUGGAUUAUCAUCAUCCGCCAUGCAAGCCCCAGCUGUCCCAGCCUUCAACUCUUUACAGCCAGUCAACACUCUGCCUGACCCUGUUGCCGCCUCUCAAGCAGUCUUCAUGGGUUCUCUUCCUACUCCUGACCGGAUUGCUGCUGCAGGCCAAUUUUUGUCGAGAAAUACAGCACCCACCCCUGCUUCUGGCUCUGGCAAUCAGGGAAUACACUUGGAGGAGCCGAAUAUUCCCUUCGGCUACGCAGCCGGGGGGGGGCUUAUGGAGCAAGGUGACGAAGGGUUUGGUAUCUGGCCUCUUACUAAGCCGUCCAUGGCGAGCAACGAGGGUUUGGCUGCCCAUGCAGAUGAUGCCCUCAGGAAUCUCGCCUGCAGCAAUCAGGACGACCCUACUACGGGGUUCCACCAGUGA